UUCGCUAUGGAGUGAAGAAAUGCCCGAAGUUGAGUUUGCUUUGGAAGGUGUACGUAAGCUCUUAGUAAAUGUUUCUUCCAGAAAGGCAAAUGGGCCAGACGAUAUAGCAGCAGCAAUGCAUAGUAGUUGUUGGGAAUCGUUAUGCCUAUAUUUGUGCCGUCUUUUCAAAAAAAUGUUUAGAUAUGUGUGCCGCACCUACCGACUGGAUAUUUGCAAAUGUUGUGCCUGUAUACAAAAGUGGGCCUAGAAACUGCGUUGAGAACUGCAGGACAGUGUCCUUGACUAGCAUUACAUGUAAAACAAUGGAACACGUUAUAUAUAGUUGCAUUAUGUCGCAUCUAGUUAAACACAAUCUAUUAAAUGCAAACCAACACGGAUUUUGGCUGGGUUUUUCUUGUAAUACGCAGCUUGUAGAAUUCACUCACGAUUUGGCCCUAGCAAUAGACAAAAGGCAGGCAAUUGAUUGCAUCUUUCUUGAUUUUCGUAAAGCCUUUGACAUUGUGGCUCAUGACCUACUUAUUAGUAAAUUGCACGCCUACAAAUAGCACAAAAAGAUAACUGCACGGAUAUCUGAAUAUCUCUUACACCGACAACAGCCUGUGGUUCUCAAUGGCAUAUCCUCUGAUCUUGCUGCAGUGACCUCUGCAGUACCCCAAUGCUCUGUUUUGGGGCCUCUCUUAUUUUUAUGGAACAUAAAUGACAUCACUAGUGGUAUUACGUCAUCUUUCAGAAUGUUUGAGACGACUGCGUAGUGUAUAGGGUUAUUGAUAGUGAUUGUGACUUAUGUGCACUUCAGAGUGAUUUAGAUAAAGUUUCAGCUUGGUGUGCGAAAUGGGAAAUGUCGCUUAACGUUUCAAAAUGUUUUAACAUCACCUUUACAAGGAAACAUUCAUACAAGGCACAUGAGUACACAUUAAAUAGCGUUACUCUACGCAGGGUUACGGAAUGCAAAUACUUAGGAGUUUUGUUUACCUUGGAUUUAAGGUGGAACAGGCAUGUACAGGAGGUAAGAAGAAAGGCGGCACGAAAAUUGGGUUUCCUGUAGUAUACGCCGAAAUUUUGGCCACUUACGUAGUAAAUUGAAAGAACGGCUGUAUUUCACUCACUUGGUUCGGUACUCGAGUACGCGUGUAUCUGCUGGGGAUCCUUAUACGCGUCAGUUAGUUGAUUUACUUGAAAAAAUUCAGAAUAGGGCGGUUCCAUUCAUUCUGUGGAAUUACGACAAAAACUUCAGUAUCACCGAAAGCAAGCGCCGACUUCAUUGGCAGGAUCUAAAGGACAGAGAAAGGCCCUCAGUCUCAAAAUUUCCGCAGCGUUUAGCAUUCUAAAACAGGCAUUGACAGGAGCAAAUAUAUUGCAUUACCGUCAUAUAUCUCGCGUAGAAGGGACCGUGCCUUGAAACUUCAUGAAUUUCCUUUUAAGGGCGACACCUUGCUUUAUACGUUUUUCUUUUAUAGGACCACGUGGGUGUGGAAUGCUCUCCCGUCACAUAUUGUAGGUAUACGAUGUAACGAAAACCUUUACCGCGCUUUGUGUGUUUGACAAUUGAUGUAGAUAUGUAUGUGCCCCUGAUGUAAUAGCUUCCAAGGCGAUGCAGGUACUGAAUAAAUAAAUAAAUAAAUAAAUAAAUAAAUAAAUAAAUAAAUAAAUAAAUAAAUAAAUAAAUAAAUAGGGGCACUUUCCUGCUUUCACGGAUAGGCGAGUGUGUUUAGUGGCACUGUCGCACGCAAGCAGUUUUAAUGCAAACCUCGCUUCCUGGACGCAUGCCUCCGCGACUGUAUAUACCUUGGUUUUUCAUGCAGGUACUGUUCGACAUCAUGAAAGGCACAGCGAAGGGCCAGGAAAGCAGGAUUUCCGGGAAGUCUAAGGCGUCCAAAGGUGCAUCUAAUGCAGCUUUCGCCAGCAAGGAGCAGCCGACUGCGGCGACGUCGAAGAUAAGGAAGGAGAGUGCGGCGAAGGCCUCAAAGCGACCGUCGUCGGUUGCCGAUCUUGCCACGGACGCGAGCCAAGUCUACGGGCGAAGCCACAGCAGGCGCCGGCACUGGCUUGCGGUCCGCCACGUCCAAGAUGAACGUCUCUUCCAAAUCCAAGAGCGUGUCCCCUGUAUCGAAGGGCGACGUCGCCAAGCGAGACAUCGGCAGCGAGGCGGGGAGUUCGAAACCCAACGCUGACCUCACAAUCUCCCCCAAGGACGGCAAGCCCAAGGGAGUCGCCGGCGUUCCGCCAGACGAGGGGGACAAGGAUAAAGCCAAACCCCGCAAGAAAAGUCUUCACCUUCACGACAGGCGCAAGAGCUUGGUCAUUGCCGCCAUGUCCAAAAUGAUCGGCAUGAGGCAAAACCGUCCGGGUAAAAAGCCUGACAAUGAUUCGGAGGAGACCCUGAGCAGCAAGGAGCAGCUGUCGCUGUUCGUGGUGGCCAUGCUGGCGGCCUUCUUCUUCUGCUUCCUCGUCGCCCUGCUCUUCUACUACUUCUUCACCGGCCCCAACAUACCAGUCGCCGUCGCCUGCGUCUCCGAUGGUCCUGCUAUCGUUACAUGUCGGUGCCGGUGAACCUGAAGGAUGCGAUGAAGGAAACUCACGAGCUGCUCGACCUCAGCGACCUGGUCAAGGCCCCUUCCUUCUUCGAUGUGGUGCGCUACCUGAUGCGGCAGUCCAUGCAGAUUGGUGUGAGCACCCUGUUCCACAGCAUAUUCGUGUACGAGCUGGGACGCAACAUGCUUUUUUUGGGACGCGGAUCCUCACUGCGCAAUAAGCUCAACACGCCGUUCAAUAGCGGUGAAGGACGUCACUACUUCGAGGUUACGCUCCAGAGGUUGGCGUCGCGCGGCCUGCAGAGCACUUCCUUCUACCUGGCCACCAACCUGGUUGCGGGCGUGGCCGGCAUGCUGUCCCAGCGCGACGACAUCGCCAAGAGCGAGGUGGCCAAGGCGCACUUCUGCCUCCAGUUCACGCACAAGUGCCUGACGCUCACGUGGGCCUACCUGGCGUCGCGAUACGCGUCGACGCCCAGCAGCAUCAGCGUGCUCCACGCCAUGCUCGCCAACAUCCAGGGGGUCGUCACGGAGCAGCCGGACACGUUCACGUGGAUGGAGAAAGUCGCCCGAGACAAGACCGCGGACAUGCUCCACCGGACCACGCUGCGUGUGAUCGCGGGCAGCGGCUUCAACGUGUCGCGCAUCAAGUACCCGGAGGACCUGCCGCCGUUCGCCGCGGACGACAGCUUCCUCAAGGUGCUGGUGGUCGCCCUCCGGCUCCAGUACACCGUCAUGAGCGCGAGCCCACCCACGCGUCUCGAGAUGCUCAUCUCGGACCUCGAGUUCGACGCCACCGUGAAGUACGUCCCGGAGAAGCAGUACAUCGUCCUGCCCACGCUGUACCAGGUAUGGCCGCACGUAGCCACGUCAAGGGGUGUAGAUCGCCAUCGCUAACGAACUCUGGGGCCUGACGUGCCAAAAGCUGUACGAUCUAUGAGACACGCCGUAGUGGGACACUACGGAAUAAUUUUUACCGCCUGGGGUUCUUUAACGUGCCCCCUAAGCGCGAGCGUUUUUUUUUUUUUUGUGUUGUACAUUCCGCCGUCGCCGGAAUGCGGCCGUCAGAGCCGGGACCGUAUCCACGACCUCUUUCUUAGCAGCGCAGCAUCUUAGAUACUGAGCUACCGAAAUAGGUAUCGUCAUCACUAUUGUUCAGCUUGAUUUGUGUCGAAGGGUUUGCUCUUACCAUCCUUGCUAAAAUGCGGUGCCACCCUGUAAAACAUGCGGUCGCGUAAGGUCGACAGCGUGUUUUCUGCUGCCUUGGUUUAAAGCAGUGCUGACAAUUUCCGAUUCAAUUAGAUUCAAUUCACGUUAUUUCAUGUUCCAACGACAUAAGGGUGUGAGAAAUAAAAUGCUGUCACAUGGGCAGC